AUGGCGCUGCAACCGGGCGCAGGUACCGACAUUGAUCGCGCCGCGACGACGCCAUUUCUCCUGCGUCUCUACUGGCGAAGUUCCAACUCCUUCGACCCGAUGGAAUUCAGCGUCGCGCCGCCAAGCGAUACGACCGGUCUCGCAGACUACUCGCAAAUCCUUCCACAGACGAUCCGACAACAGAGCGUGCAGAUCUACACCUGGCCCGACUGCACUCUCGCGGAAUUGACCUCGGAGUUCACCAAUGCCCUCAUCGCCGCGAAUAAACUCACCACGCCACCGGUUGGCACGCGGCUUGUCUAUUCACUGGUCUUCCCCGACACGCGGGCGCCGGUGGGUAGCGAUGGCCGCGGACGCUGGACGGAUAAAUUGCUCGGCACGGUCGUCGUGGGAGGUAACAAUGCCGAGAUGGACGACGAGUACGGCGGCGGCUUGGCCAAGGAGAGCCUGGAGGGAGAUGCGCGAAAGACAUUAGCUGGCGCUCGAUUCGUCAUCGGCGAUUACAUCGCUUGUAGCAUUCUUUCUCCUGGUCCCGAUGGCAGAGUCCCUCCAGGUCCUAGCUCGCGUGGUCGCAACGGAAGCUAUGGCGGCCCGGGAGGACCACGUGAGAAUGGAUAUGGACGCGGUGGGGGAGGUGGUGGGUACCGAGGAGGCUACGGUGGACGCGAUAGGGGAGGAGGUGGUGGUGGUGGAGGAGGCGGUGGAUCAUACAACGCGCCUCCUCCGCCGCGUGGGGACUGGCGACGCGGUGAGCGACCACCUGGUGGCGGAUACGAUGGUCCACGAGGGAAUGGCUACGGUGGUGGCGGAGGACGAGGCGGACGACCAUACUAG